ACUCUGGAGCGGUUCGUUUGUGGUGAGAACGUGAUCCAACCUCGAACAGACCCAACUGCAAAAAGUACUGAUCAUUUUUGGACUAAACCAGCUGCCGUAGUCAGCUGCGCUAUGCAUUAUGGGAUGAGGAAGUGUUUGUUGACAGUUUGCACUUUAGCAUGGCAGCUCGCGGACAAACUUGGAGUUGUGAGGAGGUGCGGAGCCUCAUAGAAAUUUGGACUGAUGACCAUAUUAGGUCCCAACUUUCGAAAACUCAUAAGAACAGCGCGAUCUUCUCAUUGUUUAGCAAACAACUCAGGGAAAGGGGGUUUGAUAGAUCUGUGGAACAGUGCCGGGUUAAGGUAAAGAAGCUCCGCCAGCAGUACAUCCAAGUGCGGGAUGCACUUAAUAAAACGGGCAGCUCGGGUAAGGAGAAAGACAAGUUCCCCUGGUAUGAUGACCCCGAUAAUAUACUUGGGACAAAACCCGACGUCGAUCCGGUGGAUGUUGUUGAGUCCCAUGAAAGUUCAACAUCGUCCGCUUCCAGUGAUGCUAUUGAUGCUAGCACUGUUGACCAAGCUACCGCAUCUAAUACCGAUGUUGACGUGGGAGAUUCAAGCAACAUAUCCUCUGAUGUAGAUGUCACAAACACCGUUGCUGAUGCAGGAGUGUCUGAUGAUCCAAGUACAGAGAGCAGUGCCAAUGAAGAAGGCAUCAUAGGAGAAAGACUGCCCAUUCCUGGAGCCAAAGCUCGAAAAAGAAAGAUAAAGUCUUGCAAAGCUGAUGUUGACAUCCAGGCAUAUAUGAUGGACAACAAAACGAUGCUGACAGAACUGCAUAGAGCUGAACAGAGCCAGGUGGCUCAAGAAGCUGCCUGUUUUGAGAGAAUAUUGAAGGCACAACAGGAGGCUGAGGAGAGAAGAUUCCAGGUGAUGCAGGCACAGCAACAGGCCACUAACCAGAUGUUUCUGCAACUAAUGGGCACUCUAGCAAGUGCACUGAAUCCUGGUCAGCCUCCACCUCAUUCCUCAACAAUGCCAGCCUGGACCACGACACCCCCACCAACAUCAAUCCCUAGUGCUUGGUCCUUGCCCCACCUGUUUCAGCCAACUGCCCUGCUGCCAAUGAAUGAUCCACAUCACCACCGGCAAUCAGAAUCUCCAUCCACCCAAGAAGAACAUCCUAGCCCUUCAUCCAUUAUACAUGACAUUAAUAGUACAUACUACUACAAGAUGUAGUUUUUUUGUGGGGGGGGGUUGUUUUUGCAAUCUAGGAAAGGCUUUGUUCGUGUAGGCCUUUAAUGUGCAGUCAUUUUGCUUUUUGAAUUGUUCUGGAAGAAAUUAAUGUUCUGUUUAGUGUUCUGAAGAAUAUACUUAAAGCAGAAAUGACUACACUGUGUUGUGUUUACAUUUCCCAGAAAUAUGCUACCUCAUUUGCAUUACCUCUGGAGUACACGAGGAAGAUAUAUAAUUUAAAGUAAAAAGAGGACUUUUUUUUCUAAUCAAUGUUUUUGUAGCCAACAUUUAUGGCAAAGUUGCAUUUGUCUGAAGUUAAACAGGCAAGUUUGGUGUUAAGAAUGUUCUAUUUUUUUAAGAACUGUGAUUGUGUUUACAUGUAUAACAUGGCUAGUCCAGUGGCCUAGAAACUGUUAGCAGGCAGUUGAAGGACUAGCUGGAGGCAAAGCUCCCUAAGACCACCACUUACGCACUGAAAUAAUGGCAUAGUGCCUUUAGCUUACUGUUUAUGUGUGGUCUUUCGCAUGGGAUCGAGGUUCAAAUUACAAGCACUAUGUUACCUAAUUUUCAUUUCAUUUUUAUUGUAAUUUCAGACAAUGUACCAGACACAUAGCACUGUUGAAAAAAGACAUUUUAAUUUCAAAAUGGAAAAAAGGUGUUCAGACGUGUCAACUUUACAUUUGUUACAAAUAAAACAGAAAAUAAAACCUUUUAAAGCAAAA